GGAGUCCGAUUUUCAUACGGCCCAGCGCUAGCUUGCAUAAAAAGGAUGCGCGUUGCCAUAUCAUGCCGUAAACAAUAUGGCGAAUGCAGUGUGAAGAAGUAGAAUUUUCCGGAUUUUCCUACACCUGUCCUAGAGCUAUAUUAAAUUACUUCCACACAAUGCAAUCCACGGUAGUCACUCAAAAAUGACUGGGAAGUCUUUCGAGGUUUCACUUGUGAAAAACAAAGUGGAUAGGCCUACUCCAGGUCUGACAAAAGGCAGCGCCGAAUUUGAUAGUAACAAUGAGGAUAACGGCGUUCUGUUUUACGUCAACAAGAGUGGUUUCCCAGUGUCGAAGAAUACGUGGGAACGAAUGUGGAGCCAUGCUGCCAAGGUUCAUCCUCAGGGAAAUGUUCCCAUGGCUGAAAUUAGGGAACAAAAAGAAUUGCCAAAGGUUAACAUUCCUUCUGCUCCAACAUUCCAGCCAACGACUGCAGUGCAGUGUAGACUCGAUGCAGUGCAAGACUACAUGAAGGAGCUGCAAUACAAUCACACAGGAACUCAGUUUUUCGAGAUAAGGAAAACCAGGCCAAUUUCUGGGUUAAUGGAUACAGCCAAGGAGAUGAUCAGGGAGUCUCUUCCAAUCAAGUGUCUUGAGGCUGUUAUUCUCUCUCUCUACCUGACCAAUGGAGCACCAGGAUUGGAACGGUUUCCCAUCAGCUUUAAGACUGAAUUUGCAGGGACAAUUCAUCGACAUGUUGUGCUUGGGAUCUACCACUCAGGCAGAUAUGGAGCUCUUGGAAUGAGUCGAAGGGAGGAUCUCAUGUAUAAACCCUUGGAGUUCAGGAAUCUAUGGGAGCUAAUUUUUGACUUUGAGGAUGCAUACAAGAAGUAUUUUCACAUGGUAAAGAAGGUCAAGGUUGGUUUGCCAGUGUCACAUGAUCCACACAGCUUUGAACAGAUACAGUGGCAGAUGAUGUCUGUCCAUCCAAACAAGCAAUCAAGGCUGGAACUGCAGAGAGAAAUUGACAAAUAUACAAAAGAUCUAAAAAACAGGUUCAAGUGGUCCUCGAGUUACUCAACUUACCAGUUUGUGAAGGAAAACACCAGGCCCAGUUUGGAGUCAAGCUGUCACAGGAAACAAGUCACAUCUUCUGUCACAGGCAAGGCUCCCUGGAGGGAUUCCCUGAAGCAGGCCUCAGGGAGCACCGAGGCUAGCCUGUCCCCAAGACCUGUGGUGGCCUGUGACAGCAGUGAUGAUGAGGGGGAGGUAUACAACAACCCCAAGACUGACUCCUUGAAAGGGGGAGUAACCGAGGUCUACCAGAUAGGAGUUUGAGUGCUGGACUAUUGGUGGCUGUUUCAACUGUGAGAAGUUUAUAAAGAAGGCUGACUUACAGGGUAGAAGAUGAAUAUCAUUACAGUAUCUGUGCUGAUACCUUGUCCUUGACCAAUUGAUUCUUCAUUGUACAAUCAUUUUUUUGUCUGCUGUGAUGUAGUCCAUGGCCUUCUUUGUGCUUGAUGAUCAUAAAUGGCACUGAGCCAAGUACAAAACCCAUGGACUAUAUCACAAGAGACAAUCGUUCUGUUAUCCAUACUUUUUAUUUUUGUAAGUUUUUUUAGUCUUUAAGUCAUAAGAAGUAACAAUAUGAUUUAAAUGUCGUUUUCCUAAAGACAGUUUUUUGAAUUGUGACACUCCUAUGCAUUUUACUUGACUCCUUUGUCUCGGGUGCGGGUCCACGUUGACUUGUUCUCACCAAGGCCAGCCAAUAGCCUUGUAAUGAGAUUAUGUUUAGCGCUGCGCUCCUGCAGUAAACUCACGGGUGUACAGUAAGGGUGCAUCAAGUGUGUGCCAACAAUGUGUUUUGCAAUAAUUCCUUGAUUUUUUCGCCUCUAGCACCUUGCUGUAGAGCAAAAUAUUCAGUCUGGAAUCCAAACUUUUUCGAGGCACUUAAAGCAGCCCCCAACCCCAUGCUGUUGAGGCUUCGCACAUGCAUCAGUUCUGAUCAAGGUAUGUUUCCCCCCCCCCUCCACUUUUAAGAAGCGAGCGAUUUACGCCCUAAAUGAUGUGAUGUAUCAGAAUUUAUCAUUCUUAAGGAAUCCUUAAGGGGUAAGAAUGGUGCGGAAAGCCUUCUUUUGCAAUUUCUCCAAACACUCAAGUUGCCUCUUAGUCCAGAAAACCAGACAGGAGAGGUAUAUUUGGAUAUACACAAUAGUCUAGGUGAUAUUUAAAAAAAUGUUAUCUGAAGAGGCAUUCUUGAGUAGAAGUUGGUAACAUAGGUAUUUUAACUAAUUUGGGGCUGAUAAAUCCAAAAAUGAUGGAAGCCAAGCUGGAUUUUUUUAGUGGAAAUAGGCCCAAUUUGCAUAAAUCUUUAAUACUUGUCGUGUAAAACAGGGGGAAAAAACGAGGUGUCCUUAAAUUGGGCUAAAAAGUACAUGUAGGUGAAGGGUUGCCUAAUGUGGGAGACUUGAGUAAGUUCAAGGAAAUUCCCAAAAUUAUUGGUAAAACGUUUUGAUUUUGACAAUUAUUGUAAGCAAAUCUUUUAUGUUGGGGUUUUCCUUGAAGUUGUUGAAGUCCUCCACGUUAGGUUCGCCUUAUUUUUUAGCCCAAUUUACUUGUGGGGUACUCGAACAAAGGAAACGGUACCCCACUAGUAAAAUGUUUUUUUUUUUAAAGAGAUAAAAGGACAACAAUGCUCCUACCCUAGAACUUCCAUCCACUGGAACGUCCAUAUGUAUGUGGUAUUUUGGUUUAAAGUUUCAAAAAAUUUGUGCCAUAUGAAAAGUUGGAGUCCAAUUGCAACCAAAUUCAGGUCAUAGAUGCAACACGGCAACCUUCAUAUGAUAAUGAUGUAAAAGGUCACAUACCAAGGCCAAAGGUCAUCUGAGGUCAAGCUGUAAAAUAGGCUGAAAAUGUAAAAUUUCUCUUUGAAAAGUUAAAGUCCAAUAGGAACCAAUCUUGAGUUGUAGAUGCAACAUGGCAACCUUCAUAUGAUGAUGUCAAAGGUCACAUACCAAGUUCAGUUUUACUAUUACAGACCACAUCCUCCAAGUUUAAAUGCAUGACUGUUGAGUAUUCACUUCGUGCUGCAAUAAUCCUCUAUACUAAUGACGUCAUACUUUGUUUACAUGUGCACUUUCUUAUGGAGCCAGUGGGGGCCCACAGUCCACCGAGCACCAUGGGAAAAUGGACAUGUAAACAAAGCGUGAUGUUAUUAGUACAGAGGCUUAUUCAGUGUAAUGUUUCUAUAAUUAUUAGCAGUUCAUACCAUUCCACCCUCAUUGCUCUACUGAUCAGCCACGACCCUGUCAUUCUCAUACUACCCCUUGUCAUUGCCACUCUACAAUGCACACCAAGCAGUCUGGCCCUGAUUAGUCACUCUUUCAAAAAAAUAAAAAAUAAAACAUGCGAGACGCGUGGUUUGAGAACCACCUUGUUGAAAUAUCGCCUUGAUUACAAUUCUGAGUUCACAGACCCAGUGUAUUACAAUGCUUCAGCUGUCGUAAAAAAAAUACAGU